AUGACGGUAGAGAAGCAAAUGACGGCAGGAGAGAAACCACUCAGCCCGUUUUCGCGGUUGUUCAGCUUGCCGGGUCGCGACUGCUUCAAUAUCAUAACCAUCGGGUCCAAAAAUGAAUGUAAUCCAAUAGUUAUUGUUGAAGGCUUAAAGAACACAUUGAUUAACCAUCCACGCUUCUCUAGCAUUCUGGAUACGGGUAAUGGUGAGCACAAAGGGAAAGCGAAAUGGGUUCGUACACAAGUAAACGUGGAAGAACACGUAAUUAUUCCAGAAAUAGAUCCCAACAUUGAAAAUCCUGAUCAAUUUCUAGAGGACUAUACAUCAAGCAUGGCUGUUACUCCAAUGGACAAGUCAAAACCAUUAUGGGAGUUUCAUCUACUGAAAAUGAAGACAUCACAUCAUUCUUUGGGUGAUGGGAUGUCUCUUAUGUCCCUUUUGCUAGCUUGUACUCGAAAAACAUGUGACCCCGAGGCAUUUUCUACAUUUGUGGUUGCCUCGACAAAACGUAGUGCGAGCGCGACGAUAAACACUUGUUGGUUUUGGUCGAUGGUUGCUUGGUUUUGGUACAUAGUAAGAGUAAUAUUUCACACUUGUGUUGGAGUGUUUAAGUCUAUGGUUAUGGCAUGUUUUGGUGGGGACACUUCAAGUUUACUUAUGGGUAAAUCUGGUGCUACACUUUGCCCUAAUAAGUUUAUUCAUCGAAUCAUUAGUUUGGAAGAUGUCAAAUUCGUGUUGAACGCAAUGAAUGCGGAUCUGGCUAAGAUGAUGGCAAAAGGUUCAAAAUUUAGAUGGGGAAAUUCGAUGGGUUAUGUUACGUUUCCUUUAUGGAUGAAGUCAGAAAAUGAUAUACUUGAAUACAUUCGACGAGCCAAAGCGACAAUGGAUCGCAAAAAACUCUCGCUUGAACCUCUCUUUUCAUAUGCUUUGCUCAAAUUUAUCAUGGAAGUUUUCGGAAUCAAGGCACUCAAUAUUUUUAUGAAGAGGAUUUUUGGUCGCUCAACAAUGGUAUUCUCAAAUGUGAUCGGUCCAACAGAAGAAAUAAGCUAUUUCGAUCAUCAAAUAUCUUACAUUGCCGCAACUUCAAUUGGUCUGCCACAGGUACUCACUGUCAACAUUCAAAGCUAUGUAAACAAGGUUAUCUUCAAUCUUGGAGUUGAUCUAGUCGUGAUUUCUGAUCCUCAUCACCUCUGUGAUCUCAUCUUCGAGGCUCUACGUAUGAUGAAAACCGUUGCCGCGGAAAACACUUGUUGUGAUUCAUAUGCUUAA